AUCCUCCCGCGCCCCUAACAAAAAUGCUGGCCGUUAAGCCCAUCAACGUUGUGGCUCCUUCGGGUGCUCGCCCCGCGCCUGUGGCGAUGCUCCGGCCUCUGGCUAGCUCUCGCGCCGAGCGGACGGUUGUGGCUUCGGCUUCGUCGGUCGCGCCCAAGGCUGUGUCUCGUCGCCAGGUGCUGUGCCAGGCGCAGACCGGCACCAAGCCCGCCCAGGCUGCUACUUCAGAGGCCGAAUACAUCGAGCUGGACCUGCCCAAGCCUCUGGGCUUCAAGUUCGCUCGCGGUAACGACGGUGGUGCCUACAUCAUUGAAGUGAACCCCAAGGCCGGCAACAUCGAUGCCCGCGUGCAGCCCGGUGAUAAGAUCGUGGAGAUCAGCGCCUCGUUCGGCUCUGAGGUCUGGAAGGCCGAGAACUUCGGCCAGAUCAUGUACGCCAUCCGCACCCGCAGCGGCACUGUGUACAUGAAGCUGAAGAAGAACUACGGCGACCUGUCCGCGCUGGAGGAGGAGGGCCUGGACGCGGCUGAGAAGCAAUGGAAGAAGGAGCGCGCCGGCGGCAACUACGGCGCUGGCACAAAGGAGAUCCAGGCGCGUAACUACGUGCAGCGCAAGGAGAACGAGCGCAAGCGUCGCGAGAUGUUCGACGAUGCUCUGGCCAAGUUCAAGGAGAACGACAUCCAGGGCGCCCUGGUGGAGUUCGAGAACAUCAUCGCCAUGGAGCCCCGCAACUUCGUGGGCGACAACUUCUCGCGCAACACCCCCAUCUACAAGGUCACCCAGUACAACAUCGCCUGCUGCUACAGCAUGCUGGACCAGGUUGAGGAGGCCAUCAAGUCGUUGGACGCGGCCAUGCUGUCGGGCUUCGACAACUACGACCAGAUCCGCCGGGACAAGAACCUGUCCAAGGCCCGCGCCAACCCCAAGUUCCAGGCCGUGCUCGACAAGUACGACGAGCCCGUAGUGAACUGGAACGCCGUGAAGGCCACCUUCGGCGCCUUCGGCAACAUGUUCAACAAGGAGAAGUAAACAAACUCAAUUCAAUAGCAUUGGCGGGCGGGCGAGGCGCGAUGGAGCUAGGAAAUGGCGUGCGCGGGCUGCAGAUUUUGGCGCGUGGAUUGCAGUUCGUGCGGGUUCGACCUAACACAAAAGUUUUGUUCGUGGCUGGAGCGUUUGUUCGUUUGUAUGGGUCCUGAUGGAUGGCCCGGAGAAUGCGGCGGAUAGACGGGAGAGUUGCUUGGAUCGAAUUCAACUGGGAUGAAGGCACUACAUGCAACCCGCCUUGUUAAUCGUGAUUUUAAUUGUUUUGCGGGGCCUGUGUUGGAUCAGGUGCGGAAGUGUCAUUGUGAGCGCAUGAGCUCUACAUAUGCCAGGUAGAGAGGGCCGUGGUUGCUGAUGAGAGCGCGGGACCGCGGGAAAGGAGCGCGUGCAGCGUUGCGGUCAACACACUGAGUGCAACAGUGGCUCAAGGUCAUUUGAGUGGAGUGAGCGGUCCCAACCAGCUUCAAUGAGGCUUAUUGCUCACUGCGACUUGAGGCGUGAGCACGUGGUAGCAUGCGGCCAGGAGGUGGACCUGCCGCGGAGAGUCUUGCCCGCUGUGUAAGACGCUUAAGUGCUUAACCGUUCACGCUGGUGAAGGGCCUUGAAGCGGUCACCGUGGCUUGCUGCAAGUGCCGCCAGCUAGCAGACCUCUGCAGUCUGCUGAGUAAUGCGCCAGUAUGC